AUGGAUUCUCAUGCAACUCGUCAAGCGAAUGGCGGGGAGGAAACCAACCGCAUUCCUAUUUCAUCAUUGAAGGACAACGGCGGGGAGUCAAGAGGUAAAGUGUCCAACAGUGUGUCAGAGGUCAACUCAAGCUGCACAGAGAUAUGCAGAGAACCUUACAGUGGAAAGUCGUGUGCCAAGAUCUUGCCCGUUCAUGUGUUUCAUCGUGACAAUCCACUCAAGUCAGUAAAGAUGUACGCAGUGAUUGAUGAUCAGAGCAACCGCUCAUUAGCUUCUCCAGAAUUCUUUGAGUUGUUUGGUGUGAAAGAUAAACCCCAAAACUAUACCAUAUCGACCUGCUCGGGCAAAGUUGUCACUUCUGGAAGAAGAGGAAAGGGGUUCAUUGUGAAAUCGAUAGAAGGUGAUGUAGACUUUGAACUACCAACCCUGAUCGAGUGCAACCAUAUACCAAACAAUCGCCAUGAAAUACCCACUCCUGAGGUCACUUUCCAUCAUGAACAUUUUACAGAAAUUGCUGGGUACCUUCAACCACUUGAUGCAGAAUGUCACAUACUUUUGCUGAUUGGACGUGAUUUAAUCGAAGCCCAUCAUGUUCUACAUCAAAUCUUUGGUCCACCCAAAGCUCCGUAUGCACAACAACUCAAACUUGGCUGGGUUGUUAUUGGAGAAACUUGUCUCAACAUGCAGCAUACCUCGCAUGAUCUAAGCGUGAAGAAAACUUACCUUCUACCAACUGGUCAGCCUUCGACUUUGAAGCCAUGCAGCAACAAGUUUGAGGUACGAGAACUAGUGAGUCAGUCUUUGUCUGAUGAGUCACAGCUAUUUAUCAGGACAAAGGAUGAUGACGAACAAGGCAUGUCAAUAGAAGAUAAAAUGUUCUUACAACAGAUGGACAGUGAAUUUAUCAGAGACUCCUCAGGAAGUUGGGUGGCCCCACUGCCAUUUCGGGAGAAUCGACAACGAUUACCGAACAACAAGGAACAAGCUGUUCAACGUGCAAAACUCCUUGAUGUAAGCCUAAAGAAGAACCCUGUGAAAAAAGAACACUUUCUUACAUUCAUGGCUAAGAUUCUGGACAAUCAUCAUGCAGAAGUUGCCCCAGAGUUACGUGAUGGAGAAGAAUGUUGGUUUCUACCCCUAUUUGGUGUUUACCAUCCCAAAAAACCCGAUCAAAUCAGGGGUGUGUUCGAUUCAUCAGCGAUAUUUAAAGGGGUCUCCUUAAAUGAAGUUCUUCUCUCCGGACCAGAUUUAUCAAACAGCUUACUUGGCAUUCUUCUAAGAUUUCGCAGGGAAAUGGUUGCUGUGACUGCCGAUGUGCAACACAUGUUUCACUGUUUCUUAGUAAGGGAAGACCAUCGUAACUUCCUCAGGUUUUUGUGGCACAAGGAUAAUGACCUUGACAAAGAAAUCAUUGAGUAUAGGAUGAGGGUACACGUCUUUGGUAACCGACCCUCACCUGCCGUCGCAACACUCGGACUUAGAAAGGCAGCUGAAGCAGCAGAACCGAGCUAUGGAGAUCAUGUUACCAACUUUGUAAAAAAUGAUUUUUACGUUGACGAUGGGUUGACUUCCUGUCCAACCAGUGCAGAAGCUGUUCGCAUUCUCAAGGAUACUCAGAGCGCCUUGAAGGAAUCUCCGGCUCCAUAA